AUGCUCAAGCCGAUGGGGAAGAAGCACGUGCUGGACGAGUGGCGCAGCGCUCCGCUAGGUGCGCCUAGUGGGCCGAAGCUGCCAGCGCACUUACGUCCCCUUCUGGUGCCCAACGGGGCCGCGUUGAGGCUGCAACUGCGCUAUCAAAAGUACCAGGACAAAGUGCGCAAGCUGCUCAAGAAGACGGACGCGAGCCAGCAGCAGGAGCACGCAGCCAAAGCCUCAGGCCGCGUUGUAGCCACGUCGAGUAUGGCAUUAGCAGUGGCCCUCCAGGCCAAGGAGAUCAGCGCAGAGCAGCCCAAGAGCGCACCUCUGCACCUGAAGUCUGAACAGAUGGACAAGUGGACCUUGGAGCAGGACUGGACGACACUGCAAGAAGAAGCGCCCUUAAUACAGGACUGUGACGACGACAAAAGUGAUUGUACACGGCAACACGGCUUCGUCAACGUGAUGGAGCCGACGUGGCUGCUGUCGUCUAUUGACCAGCGUUGCGCCGAGACAGCGAGCUCACUGAUAACGCAGAGCUCCACCAAGGCUCAGCCAAGUCUGGCACGACAGCUAGCCGACGUGAGAUUAGCUGUACUGGAUUUACUCUUCAUCUGUCGCUCUGGAGUUGAUGUGAACUUACGUGGAAGACCUCCAUCAUCAGUGGACAUACACCACCGAAAUCUCAUUGAGAGGGUGGAAACCUCGAACCCAACGGAGCUGAAACGUGUAACUCAGAUCUUUGAGAGCUUAAAGUCCGACAUGUUCAUGCCUGCUGUGCGUUGUCUGGGCUGGCUGCUCACUAAGACGUGGCGACUGCUAUUCAACGGACUCCACGUGGACUUGGAGUCUCUCCAUCAUGUUCGUCGUGUACUGGAAGCGUCUGAAGGAGACGUGAGCGUCGUAUUCGCACCUACACACAAGAGUCACUUGGACUAUUUGAUCAUCAGCUAUUUGUGCUUCGCUUACGGCAUUCCUUUGCCUCGUAUCGCAGCUGGUAACAACUUGGAUUUACCAUUGGUGGGCUCCUUUUUACGUGCGAACGGCAGCUUCUUCAUCCGUCGGUCGUUCAAGAACGAUAAUCUCUAUAAGGAGGUGUUGGAACAAUACGUACACGAGCUACUGGAGGAUGGGAACCCUGUGGAAGUCUUUAUUGAGGGUGGACGAUCACGUCAUGGACGAGUGUGUAAACCCCGCUUAGGGUUUAUGUCGAUGUUCCUUAACUACGUUAAGGGAGCGUCCGAUGACGCUAAUAAGGAGAAGAAGACGGUCCUGGUCGUCCCUAUCUCGCUGGAUUAUGACAAAGUGUACGAGGUCGAUGGAUACGCCAACCAGCUGCUUGGUAAGCCCAAGGAGAAGGAGAGUCUGGCUGUUUUGUUUCGGUCUGUAUGGGACCUCUUCUUCUUACGUCUUGGCCACUCGUACGUGCGCUUUGGAGAGCCUGUACCUCUUACAGAGACGUCGUCACUUGAGACUUCCUCGGACCUAGUAGCCCAGCGCAUGCAGACCUCUGGAACAAUUACGUCGACUGCGAUAAUAGCUGCGCUACUCAUGUGGAAACGCGCAUAUGUGACGCAAGAAAUGCUGGAGACUCGCACUGUGUGGCUCGUAGAGGAGCUGGAGAAACGUGGAGCCACUGUAGCUCACGUGGAGAAUGAUGAUAUCACUGCUCACGCUCUGUCAAUCCUGAAUGUGGAGACGAGAGCUAAUGACAUUGUGACGCCUCACUUGCAGUACCCAGUGCGAGCUCUGGAGUUGGGCUUCUAUCGUAACCAUUUGCUCCAUAUUUUCCUACCUGAGAUGGCAGUGAUUGGCGCUGUGGAUGCUGCGUUACGUCAGCGUUCUAAAUGUUACGAAAGUUACACAACCCACAAAGUGGAUGUCUGGGUAAUCAAGCAACAAGCACAGAAGAUCUGGAACUUUUUACGUCACAUUUGUCGACACAAACCUAUUGACGUUGACGCUCGUGUGGACCAGUUCUUUGCUGAAGCUUCGGAGUGUAAAGUGGACGAGUCUUCGGGCACAGUGACGGUGGAUGUGACCAACUGGAACAUUUCGAAGUUGAUGAGCUUCGUGUUGUCUUUAAACUGGUCCUUCAUGGACUCGUUGUGGCUCACAACGCAGGGACUCUGGAGUCUUCUUGAGGACGAUAUUGAACACACAGAACGCGAUCUUGUGCGUCGCGUGCAGGUUCUAGCGAAGGAAUUGUUCCUGCGGCAACAGCUGCGUCACGCUGAAGCUUUGUGUAGUGAGAGUAUUAAACAGUCUUUGGACUUCUUGGUGGAGAGUGGAGUGGUGCGUUUCGAGCGCUCACAAGAUGGCAAGUCGAGGCUGUUGCGUCUCUGUGCAAACGUACGCGACCUUGAGGAUCUCACGAGUGAGGUAAAUGCACGUCGGAAACCUCGCUCAUUCUUGUGGCGUGAGGACGAGCUGCCACGUAACUUGACACGAGAGGAAGCACUGGAACUCAUGGAAGGAGCGCAAGGCUCCCGUAGCAUCUACGCUAAGUGGAUGGCGCCACCGACCACGGCCUAA